AUGGCCGACAACGAACAACAACGACCAAUCGAAGACAGACGAACCGUCGACAGUCCAGCCCAGGAUGAUGAAAACGAAGACGACGAUGCACCCAUGGUCCACACAACACCAUCCGACCAUGCAACCUGGGCGCCUAAAGAAGUCGAACGCCUCCGCAGCGAAGGCAAAGAAGCCAUGCUCAUGAGGGAGAUCCCUAGCCAGAUCCCACGAGAAGAAGGCGAGUCAGGCGCCGACUAUGCGAAGCGAUUCUCCGAAUACAUGAACAAUUUGAUCCGCCGCGGCGUCUCAAUCAUGGAUGACCAGAUCACGCACAACGCAGCGCCGAAUCAGUUCACAAUCGGGGAGCAUGAGUUCGAUGUAGGCCCUCAUUCAGGCAUUACGAAAAGAGAGUAUCGAGAGUUUGGCGACUAUUUGUUCAGCGAAGGUGCAACCUACGACGGCAUACCUGAGCGGUUCCUGAAGUUUGAGGUGCCGAAGGGGACGGAGGUGAUCUAUUAUCAGACCGCUAUGAUCCCAACACAGAGGGCCAACAAACCAAGCCGGCUCCAUCUUCAAUCGCUCGGUGACUUCGUGGUCAAGGUCACCAUCGACUUCAGUUUCUAA